GCUGCUGCCUGCCGAGCUCGGGUGCCGCUGCCCCGUGGCUCUCACGCUCUGCGUGGGCUCGAACGGCUUUUUCUCUCCUUCAGUCCGGCUUGCAGAGCUUGUAGCGGAGAGGGGUGGUUUGGCUCAAAGCGUCCUGACGAAGCUGUGCUAGAAGAGCAGGCUGCCGCCUCAGAAAGUUUGAAGAGGAGGAGGAGGAGGAGGAGGUCUUCCGUGCAUAGCGAUGUAGCCCUGAAGGUAGAACGGCAGCUCGUGGAAGGCAGUUAAAACUCUUCACCGGUCUGAUUCCAGAGCAUGGGCUAAAAACUAUGUCCCUCUCUCGUGUCGAAAAUCCUUGUUUUCUGCUGUUUCUGUUUGUCUUCCAAGCAAUAUUUAUCCUGAUACUCUACCGAGGUGGACCUUCAAAUGUGUUUCGUGGGUUUUUAGACUCGCAUCAGAUUCUGGAUUACUCGAAAACUCAUGAUGUGUACACAAACCUCAGCUUGUUUACCCAAGCUCCUAGUGAAGAAGCUAUGCUGUACUGCUCAGUGCAGUCACCAAUAUUUGUUGGUCCGUUAACCAUCACCUUCCGGGUGCGCCCUAGUGAGAAAAUGAUCAUAAAAAAAAAUCCUUUUGUUCAGUCUGGUGGCCGCUAUAGGCCACCUCACUGCUUGGCCCGCUACAAAUCAGCCAUCCUUGUAGCUUACAGGAACCAGGAGAAGUACCUUCACCAUCUUCUCUACUAUAUUCAUCCUUUCUUGCAGCGUCAGCAGCUCAGUUACAGUAUCUACUUGAUUCAGCAGGUGGGAAACGGUACAUUUAACCGAGCAAAGCUGCUUAAUGUUGGUGUCCGGGAAGCCCUGAAGGAUGAAGACUGGGACUGCCUUCUCCUGCAUGAUGUGGACCUAGUACCUGAGAAUGAUUAUAAUCUCUAUGUUUGUGAUGAAUACUAUCCCAAGCAUAUGGCUAGUGCCAUGGAUAAGUUUCAGUACACUCUGCCAUAUAAGUCCUUUUUUGGGGGUGUAUCUGCUCUGACUCCAGAACAUUACAUGAAGAUGAAUGGGUUUCCAAACACAUACUGGGGCAGUGGUGGUGAAAAUGACGACAUUGCUACAAGGAUUCAGUUAGCAGGAAUGAAAAUAGUCCGGACAUCACCUCACCUUGGACGCUACAAAGUGAUGGACUACAAUGAAGAGACAGAGACACAAGAGCCUUGGAGAAGGCCUACUUCCCGACACAACACCAUAAAAACAUGGAAGGAUGAUGGAAUGAAUUCGUUAGAGUUCAAGCUCCUUUCCAGGACAGAGCAUCCUCUUUAUACCAACAUCACUGUGGACAUUGGUUAUGUUCCCCCAUUUUCUUAAGAGAAUGAAAACAAAAGCAGAGUUUGGGCUCAGCAUGGCAGCAUGCAUAUGGGCAUUCAGCCUCUACCUCCUGUUGUGGUGUGGAAUCUGCACCACCUGAGACUAACCCUUUUGUCUUUCACUUUCCUCCUGACUGUUUAAGAGUUAGAAGAAAAGGCUUCAGGAAUAGGGUAUGAUAGCUAAUAAACAGGCUGUGGCUUACUGUAAAACUAACUACUGAGUCAGACCCACCUCCCAGCCCUUGGGAUCAAGGUCUCCUUGACAGUAAGCUGACCCAGGUUUUCUGGAACCUUUGUUCCAUAGGUGGAUAGCUCUGUCCUGCUUCUUACUUAAGUGUUAAUUGGGAUGCAAGCCAUUCUGUCAGACAGGCCUCUGAAGUACUGUAUUUUGAGAAAGUGUUGAAGCCAUUACAGUUUUGUAAGUAUCUUUUGUCAAUUUGAAUAAAAUAAAUUGAGUUAUG